CCAGCUUCCAACAGAACACAUCUACACAGCAGCAACAUCAUGAAAACCCUCAACCUUCCUCUCUUCCAAAAAUCCUCGCCAUGUUGAUUCUGACCAUGGCGCAAGAGAAGAAAUCCCUCCCACUACAUCUCUCCAUUUACCAACAAGCAAAGCAAUUCGCGCUGGGCACCCAUCCACUAUCCCAAUAUGGCCCUCCAUUGCUCUUACUGGGAGAUGCCGUGCUGACCAGUCUUAUUAUCGCGAAUACUUCAUGUAAAAUCACCGUGCAGUUUACAUUUCUGUAAAUCCAGCUAAUUGUAUAAUUUCAGAUACGGAGAUCGAUUGGAAAGCAUAUAUGGAGCAGCUCCAACAAUACGUAGAUGGCGAACGCGACUACACCCUCAUCAAAGGCGGAACAGGACCCUUAGUGUAUCCCGCCGCACAUGUGUAUAUUUAUUGGGUCUUGUACCAUAUCACAGAUAAAGGGAAGAAUAUACUGCUUGCGCAGAGGAUCUUUGGAGUUUUAUAUUUGGCAAUAUUAGCUAUGGUCAUGGCAUGUUAUAAGAGGGCAAAGGUACAAAUUCAAGACACAGAGGAGAAAUCAAGCCUGCGGACUGACAAUUGUUGUACAAAAUAGGCACCGUUUUACAUAUUCCCUAUGCUCAUACUCUCGAAACGAUUACAUAGCAUAUUCGUCCUGCGACUCUUCAACGACUGCUUUGCGGUCUUCUUCCUCUGGGUUGCCAUAUAUAUGUUUCAACGCCGCUUAUGGACACUGGGGAGUUUGGCAUAUAGUUGGGGGCUUGGGACUAAAAUGACCCUGCUGUUGGCACUUCCAGCGGUAGGAGUAACGCUGUUCUUAGGAAGGGGGGUGCGGGGAGCCUUGAAACACGCGUGGCUGAUGGGUCAGGUCCAAAUCAUUAUCGCAUUUCCCUUUCUACCAAUAAACACACUUGGCUACUUGGGAAGAGCUUUCGAGUUCUCGAGACAAUUUAUGUUCAAAUGGACUGUGAAUUGGAGAUUCGUGGGAGAAGAAACAUUUUUGAGCAGAGAGUUUUCAAUGGCUCUGUUAGCUGGCCAUGUAAGCACACUUUUGCUCUUCAUUACAACUAGGUGGUUGAAGCCGGCCGACAAGUCGAUCAUGAGGUUUAUUUCGAAUGCGCUGAAGUUCCAAGAGCCCCUUGGAAAGCUGCAAAAUGCUGUCGCCAGUCGCCUUUCUGCCAACUACAUCCUGACGACAAUUCUCACGGCCAACGCCGUUGGAAUGCUCUUUGCGAGGUCCCUGCACUACCAAUUUUAUGUCUACAUAGCACUUGCGACGCCUUUUCUCCUCUGGCGGAGCGGUAUGCAUCCGGUCCUUCAAUAUAUCCUGUGGGCGGCUCAGGAAUGGGCUUGGAAUGUGUACCCAAGUUCAGAUUCCAGCUCGAUGGUUGCGGUGGGUAUUUUGUUUGCGACGGUCAUCGGUGUGUGGUGGGGGACUCGUAAGGACUUUGACAAUUUGAAGGGCGAUCCUAAAAGCGAAGCCACAGCUAACAAGAAACGAAUAUGAUUAUCGACCAAGGCAAUAAUGAAUCCUAUUCGUCUUCGUCUUCCGAGUCCUCCAUAGGCGGCAUUUUUCCAACGGUGGAUUCCUCUUCAUCAGAAUCCUCUGCGUACUCAGAAGCUUUUGGGAAUUCCUUCGGCCUGGCAAAAGGUACUCUCAGUAAAGUGUUCUCCAGGAGUUCCGGAGAAUUAGACGUACCAAUAUGAUUCCUUGCGCCAUGUAUGCUCGUCGCGAACUACAUUGAUGAUCUCGCCAUCAAUCUUAUUUUGUCUGACAUCAGCUUCCUUGGUGUCAACCAACACGAAGCCCCCGCGUUUUAUCCAGAUUGUAUUACGGAACCGGGACUCAAGCUCGACUAGAACCGUCUUUUUAUUGGGAAGAGCACAUGAGUAAAGGGAUUUUCCUUCUGCUUUGAUGACACGGGCAAUCGACUGAGUGGAUGUCAAGGUUGCGGGAGGGGUGGAAGUUUCUUCCGCAGCAGCGACAACGUUUCGCUUUGGUCGACCCAUGACAGUUCACUGCUGUGUGUUGAUUAUUGAGGGAAAUGUUUGCUUGUUCUGGUGGCACAGAUCCAAAUGGGAGCCGUGAGAUGUUUGGGUAUCAAUGCGGCCCAGUGUUCGUUUGAUCUUUGGGAGUUGUAUUGUAAAAGGAAGAAAUUGUUCAGACGAAGAUCACCCGAAUGGAGGGGUAGGAAAUCGGCAAGUUUUCCGAGGCCUAGGGGGUCUCCAAUGGUUUACGAUCUUAUCCGCCACUUAACACGAUACCCCACAUGGCGUUCACGCCCUACGGUAAAGUAGGCCAGGCUAACAGCAGUGGCUUCAGGGAUAAUAACGCCGAUGGCGGUCCUGGGCUGGGCACGGCUGGGGUCUGGGGAAGCUUCAAAAAGAAUGCCAUUUAUAUAUAAGCUUCCGGGCAAAUUUUCCCGGCUAUCUUGCUAUGCAUCCCAUUUCGCCUAUGCCCAAUGUUGUAGUAGCUCUUGUUGGUGUGCCACACUUCCUCAUCUUCAUCACCAAUGAACCGGACUUCCAUGGGCGAAAGAGCUCCCCACAAUUCGCGGACAACAGACCUCCGCAGGAACUAGAAUGCAGAGAACUAAUAAAUAA